CAAGAGUACGGAAGCUUACGAGUUUCAUCAUGCCACCUAAGCCAAGCGGAAAGGGACAGAAGAAGGCCGGCAAGGCCAAGGGUGCUCCCCGCACCGACAAGAAGAAGAAGCGCAAGAGAAAGGAGACCUACGGCAUCUACAUCUACAAGGUGAUGAAGCAGGUGCACCCCGACACCGGCAUCUCCAGCCGUGCCAUGAGCAUCAUGAACAGCUUCGUCAACGACAUCUUUGAGCGCAUCGCUGCUGAAGCUUCUCGUCUGGCCCACUACAACAAGAAGUCCACCAUCACCAGCCGUGAGGUGCAGACCGCAGUCCGUCUGCUCCUGCCCGGUGAGCUGGCCAAGCACGCCGUCAGCGAAGGCACAAAGGCCGUCACCAAGUAUACCACAUCUAAAUAAGCAGUGUGGCCCGUGACAAUAACCAACCGGCUCUUUUCAGAGCCACCACAUUUUCCAAAAAGAGAUUGCCUCUUCUAUGUCUGUGUCAUUAAACUCGAGUCUUACUUUGUCUUUAAUUUUAAAAUGGCGGAACACUUGUCCGGUAAGAUACUAUUUAUUUUUAAGGACCGCCGAGACAAUGACAAGCAAGUGGCACAAGUGGAGUGACCACAAGUGUUAAAAUACACAUGAAUACAUGUAGGCCCACUCCAAAUUAGGGCUAGGUUACAAGAAUUCUAUCGGUACAAUAGUACAGAAUCAUUCCCAACGCAGCUGUCGGAACACCUGACAAUAAUUUCAGUGCCUUUUACUUUCGUGGCCUAAGGAAAAAUGACAAUACUCAUUAGAAUCAUAAUUAAAUUUCUUUCACAUUGAACAUGAAAGUAUACGAAAAUAUACAUCAACAUGAAAAUUGCACUUUGAUCAACAGAAAAAUGGCAGCAACAAGUAAACCCAUGGCGUACAUGUAUCAUAAUUUUUCUGAUAAAUACGUGCACAGGGAUGGUCAGUAGUUUUGUGGGUGUUGGACAUUUACAUAUAACCCCACGAUUUCAUAUAACCCCAUGAUUUUUAUCUGUCCUACAUUAGCAUUCAUGUUAGCUUGUUGAAAAUAAAAAGAACCCCCCAAGAAAAGAGCUGGCAGUGGACCAGACUGCUUUACUUCUCUUCACACGCUUAUGCAUAACGUGCAGAACGUAUUCCAGCUGCCAUCAGUAAAAAGCGUCAUGUUCAUUGAUAUCAAUGAAUGAUAACACUCAAACUGUACCAAGGCACAACACCUGAGGGAGUGCUGUUUGGGUAGGGUUUAAUAACUUCUUUAUUACUCUAUCUGUUCAUAAUUUCAAUGGGAGCAUGCAACUUUAGUGAAGAUAUGAUAUCUUCAUAUACAUACAUCAUGUGUUUAUGCCUUGGGAGUACAACCGGUGAGAGACCUGCUCUCACCGGUUCUUUUCAGAACCACACCUUUUCACAAAAGAGAUAUUCCCCACAUGGUGUACCUGCAAACCUUUUUUUGUGUAACACUCCCACCAUGCAAAGCUUCAAAUCUUACUUAAGUUUAGAAGCCCCAUAUAGUUGUUGACAACAUAAAUAGGAUUUCUUGAAAGUUACAAUUAAGAAU